UAAUGCCAGUUUUAUACCGGCAGCCCGAUAUUAAAAGGUAGAGUUUUGAGUGUGGUGCUCCCAGUGCGGUCCGUUACCCCCGACGAGCAGCAGCCACCAUCAGCUGACGGGCCAGUCGGCGUCUCCACCUGCUCCUCCUCCGUACUCUGCUCUGCUCUUCUCCGCUCUCCUCUAGCCGAUCACCUCGAGUCAUGGGACUAGCGCACCACCUGACGAGAGCGGCGUGGCUGCUGUGCGCGCUGGCGGCGGCGGCGGCCUCGUGGUCGGGCGCGUACGGCGCCGGCUACGCGGGCGCCUUCCCCAGCUACGGCCUGGGCCUGGGGCUCGGCUACGGCCGCCUCUACCACCGGCCGGCCGCCGCACAGCCGCUGCUCACCGUGCUGGCCGAGCCGCCCGCCGCCGUCGACAGCACGCUGGUCGCCGUGCCGCUACUGGCCGUGCCCGGGGACCGCAUCCGCGUCCUGCACGACUCCGCCGCCCUCGCCAAGCAGGCGGAGGGGUCGCCCGCGAGGAAGGGCCAGCAGCAGCAGCAGAUGCUGCCGGCGGUGCGCGUGGUGCUGCGCCGGCCGCUGAUGGUGCCGGCGGCGUCGUCGUGCUCGGUGCCGUUCCCCGCCGCCUUCACGGUGCGCCACGGCGGCCGCCGCGUCCCGCUGCGCGUCGGCGCGCUCAUCGCCCCCGUGCCGGCCGCCGCCGCCGCCCCCGCCGCCUCCGCCGCGCUGCACUUCCCCGUGCGCGUGCUGUACGCCGUGCCCGUGCAGCCGCUCGCUCUCAGACCGUUUGUGCCGUACACCCCGAGCCGGCGGCCGGUGCUGCCGCCACUGACGGUGACCGUACUGGACUUCCCCGAGGCGGUGGCCACCCCCAGCUCACUGUUCUACCAGCCGCCCCUGGAGGACGGGCUGGGCAACCGCGAGCCACCGCAGCCCGUGAUCCCUGCCGGAGUCGUGCAGUCGACGGCACCCCAGCCCAACCUCUCCGUCUUUGUCAACUCCAAGGAGUCUCCCAUCCUGCAGGUGUUACGUGAUGAGGCAGCACUCAAUGAAGACCAAGGCAGAGGUGAAUUUGUCAUUGAUGAAGACAACGACUCCAUUGUUGUCAUAGCCCCAAAUUAAUUUUCUAGCUUUUUUUAGUAAGGGAGUAUCACCCUUACAAGACAACACUUAUAUUAACACUGCACUCUAAUGAACAUCUAAAAGUUGAUACCUAUAUUGUUUGGUAACACAUGACAAUGCUGAGGCUGUGAAAAUAUAACCACAAAUUAUUACUACAAAGGAAUUAAUGAAAUAAUAUAAGACCACUGGACAGGACGGCAUGAAAUGGCUCAUUCCGUUCACUGUAUCUGUGUGUAACAUUUUUGUAAUCAUCAUAGUUCAGUUGCUAUGGAUUCUGCCUGCCUACCCUGAGAAGAAACUAAAUGAGAAAAUAUCAGUCACACUCUCCACAAUAAGUUACAUGUUUCUAUUUCAUGAAAUCUUUAUUGUUCUUGGGUACCUUUUAUGUUAUAUAAUUUAUUAACUCUAACUUUUGGAAAUGCAUAAACACUGGAGGAAAAUUACCAAGUGUUUCAUAAUCUUAAAUUUUUAAGUCACUUUUUGUAAAUAAGAAGAAUGUAAUCUCCAAAAGACAUUUUAUGAACCCGUUAUUGGUAGCAAAUUUCUUAUUGUGACUAAAUCAUAUGUAACACAAUUGAGGUAAAAUCAGAUAAGGAGCCAGUGACUAAGUAUACUGCCCCCUAAACAAGAGCACUACAUUUUAUUGGAGUAAUUUGCACGACUGAGUACAAAUGGAUCAAUGAAACAUACAGUUUUGCCUGGGGAGUUCUGGUUCCAAAUUUGUACCACUUCAAGUGCAAUAGUUCAAACACUGAAAGUAAGGAAGGACAAAUGAAAACCCUUUAUCUUACAAAAUCUCUAUUAUUGUGCAAAAUGAUAUGGAUACAUGAAACACUGACGUUACAAUAAUUUAUAAAAUGUAUUAAAACAAAGUAAAAUAUCUGUAUUUUCUGUACUGUUUCAUCUAAGAAAGCUCAACCAUGACUGUUCUCUGCAUUGUCUGUAAUUAUCAUGCAAAUAUGAGAGUGCCAGUGAUAUUAAAGUUACCAUGCCUUACCAUUUUAAAAAUAACAUGUAGCAUAUUGUCAUUUUUAUUACUAAUAAAAUACAGAUCAUAACAA